AUGGCUGCACCGACCGCCAGCAGCCUGAUCUCAAACGUGACAAACCUCCAGAUCAAGCCACCAGUCACAAGCAACUCCAUUCGCCACUUCGACCCAGCAGUCUGUGAAGGGGAUGCAGCAAGCACGCGGAUCAUCGUGCACGCUCACUUCCCGGAUCUCGUGAGCGCCUUUCUUGCGUUUAAAAGACAACAUGGCUCAUCGUACGAAAAAGCCUUGUACGGCGGUCCGGACAGUUUCACCUGGCAGCAAGAAGUCACCCGGCUCAUCGAAAAGCGACCACUUGUCUUCAUGAACGGACAUGACCAUACGGUCCUCCGCGACGGCGGGACAAUAGGAAACGAUACGACUACGGAGUGGGAUCGCAAUGGUACAGAAUAUCAACAGCAGAAUCGGUAUCUGACCUUGCAAGAGUACCUGAGCUACGACGAGAUCAUGCUUAGCAGCCUUAUCGGUGUCAGUGGACCGAGCUACUUCAUCAACGACGGUAAUCGCUACAACCAAGGCAAAAGUGGAGAACCGGGCAGCUUCGAGGAGCGAGGAAUCAUCAUAGGCCUGGUAGGCGCCCGGUUUGAAAGACUGGACCGAAUGGACUCAAUCUUCGUGCUUCCGGCGGAGGACUCUCCCCACCAACAUCCCGGGCUCACCAAGAUCUUCGCUGGUUUUUUCGGCGUCGCGCUGGACUCGUCCCUGGACUUCAACAACGCCAUGUACAAGGCUCGUAUGCGCAUCACAGCUGACCUGCUACUUCACGAAGCCGAUGCUCGCGCCGCCGACGCUGGCAGAAAAGCCCACACCUACGUUGUCGGUCUGGGCCUUGGUGUGUGGCAGGCCACUGACUUUCAAGCCCAACUCUACAUCAAAACCUUCACCAAUGCGCUCAACGAGAUCAGGUUUCCACACAUUGGCACGAUCGAGUUCGCGUGGAUCAACGGCGUACCCGAUCACACACAGGAUGAUGUGAAAUCGGCUGCUCGCCAGCAGGGCAUCAAAGUGGUCUUCACGCAGCGGAACCCGGCGGAGAAGUUGAGGACGGACGAACUGCUUGUAUUGAGCUAUGCAUGGGACGGCAAUGCGUUUCCGGGAAACGAGUAUUGGCAAGGCAGCCUCGCAGGCUCAGGCGACCCGGCGGCCGCUUGCAUGAGUACGAUUGGAGAGCUGCACAAUCCACUUGUCAAUCCCUUCACGGGUAGGAUAGCGGUGCUUGGGCGCCAGUAG